AUCAGCUCGGAUCUCUCAGCACUCUGCGCGCGCGAACCCGCGGCCCCUUGUCUCCAUAGCAGCCGCCCGAGCGGCGCCGCAAGACACGGGCCGCGGGGCCGCGCUCAAUGGGGUGACGUCACGCGCCUGGCGCCAGAGAGUCGGCGAGAGCACGAGCUCUCUUCUCCUCUCCACCCUACACUGCACUGAGCUGAUCUGCUCUGUCUAACCGGGUGCCAAUUCAUCACCUGUCAGGAAUCAGUCAGGACGCCGUGCGAAAUGUACACAGCUGUGAGAACAAAAAGAAAAAAAAGAGGCGGGGUGGGGAGCGAUCGAAAGAAAGAAGAAAAAACCCCAUCUCACCAGAUGUGGACAGGAUCUUAAAAGAGUCCCAGAUCUCAUCAUGAUAGAAAAUAAGCCAAGGAUUGUGUGGCGCACUGGGAAAAUGUAAAUAUAAGCGCAAUAAGUGCAGUCACGCAGAAUUCAUACAGUUAUACAGACGUGCACGUGCCAUUUUUCUGGAGAUGUGAAAAUGAGAUUGCAUAAAAACCAGGGCAUUCCAACACAUCAGCAUCGCACCGCAUUCCAGCACAUUUCUACAGACGUCUCCUUGGUCAGAUGGGAGUUAACUGUUGGGCAGGAAACCUUAUUUGUCUCCCACAUAAAUUGCCUGAUUAGUUAUAAUAAAACUUAGGCUAUAUGUUAGACAUGUCUGCCUUUAUUUUAGAUUUAUUGUGCGUCUACACAGCAAAAUCUACAAUGUUAACAUUUACAGUGGUGCAUGUGUUAAUUCAACACUGGGGCUUUUGCUCUGCAGGCUGUGACACACACACACACACACACGCACGCACACUUUCCGUUAAAACACUCGCUCUUACACUAAACAUCAGCACCAGAGUAGUCUAAUCAUUACUGCCUAUAAAUAAUGCAUUAGUUCAUAAUGUUUAAUAAUCCGGCGGCGACACUGACUGAAAAUGUUCUUGUGCAUUUCACCAUGCGUGACUUCAUUUAAUUUCAUUCUCUAGAAAUGGCUUACAAUCGCCGUUCGCAUUAGAUUCCUUACAAUAAUCCUGAUGACCAGGUUGGUGGAGAGGAUGAGGGACAGUCCUCAAGGCUUAAAUACGGGCCUCAAUGACAGUGCCCCUGAUGUGGGAAUGGACGCAGUGCGUUCACUGUCACAUAUUUCCAACAAUUAAAACAAAAAUAAAUCAUAAGUAAAAAAAAGGAAAAUGUUAUUAAUCUGUUUGUCAGUCUGGGGUGAAUCACCUGAUUUAGGUUUUUAGCCUGGUCACUCCCACGAACACUACAGACAACACCUAAUACACAUGAACAUCUUUUAUAAUAUUGCAGCCUACACACUGAGAAGUAAUAGGACACUACACUGAUUGAAUAAUCUAAACCAGUUAUAUAUUCCAGGAAUCAUAAUUAUUUACACUUGAUAAAUAGACACAGGAUUAACAGAAUUCUGCUCAAGUGUGUGGCUGUUGCUAGUUCUCAGUCUUGAAAUGACUUGAAUAACAAAACGACACCUCGACACUGAACCAGUCUCUGGUCGGGAGUGAGUAAUUCUCUUGAUCAGAAACAGGUACACGGAAUUGCGGAAUUAGCUCUGAAAGCUGAAGGCAGUCAGCAGCACCUCGCGCGCGCGCGCUCACUGGUUAAAAAGAAUGAGGAAAAGAGGGGCGGGACUUGCGCGGGCGCGUCACGGACCAAUGGCGUCGCGCGAGAGCGACGAUUGACACAAAACAUCAGGCCAAUCCGUGAGGUCUACAACGUCGCGUCAAAACCCACCCAGCUGGGUAUAUAUUCAGCGAUGACAGCUUGUUAAUCCAGUGCGUUUGCUUCCACACCGCCGCGAGCACAGCUAGAACGAAUAGAAAUAAUCUCUCUAUAUAACAAAAAGGCAUUAUCUUUAAAUCGUCGUGAAUUUCUCGCCGAACUUCAGCAUGAAAGCUAUAAGUCCAGUGAGGUCUUUCCGGAAAAACGGCGUGACGGAGCAAAGCCUCGGAGUGUCUCGGAGCAAGACCCCCGCGGACGAUCCUCUCAGCUUGCUGUACAACAUGAACGACUGCUACUCCAAGCUGAAAGAGCUGGUGCCCAGCAUCCCGCAGAACAAGCACGUGAGCAAAAUGGAGAUCUUGCAGCAUGUCAUCGAUUACAUCCUGGAUCUGCAGAUCGCUCUCGACUCCCAUUCCGCGAUCAGCACUCUCCAUCACCCCCGACCCGGCCAGGGCUCGUCCAGAACACCGCUCACCACCAUCAACACAGACAUCAGGAUCUUGUCUUUACAGACGCCGGAGUUUCAGUCAGACUUGAUCACAGAGGACAGUCGGACACUUUACCGUUAACCAGGUGUUUGCUUAAGACGUGAACACACAGGACUCGGGAACCGACCUUUUCUCCCCCUCCAAAGCUCUCAAUUUCUGUUCUCGCCUGGAUCUUUUUACCCCUCCUGAACGAAGAGGACAAUGUAUGUGAUGUGUUUCUCGGUUCGGACAUUGAUUUUAUUUAUCUAAAGACUCGUUUAGUCUUUUUGUUUUUUGUUUUUUUUUCCUUCCAAGACGAAGAAGCACUAUAUUCCCUAAAAAUGGGAGGGGAAAAAACAGGAAUGGAAGAAAAAGAUCUCGCCUUCUCUUAAACGAGAGAUCGUGGCUGUUUUGGUGAAGACGGUGUGAAUAGAAGCCUGUGUGCUUCAGUUACUGUACAAAGUUUUUGUCUGUUUUUUGUUUUGUUUUUUUUCUUCUUCUUCUUCUCCUCCUCCGUCAUUCUUUGGGCACGUGAAGGACUGGACGGCCAAUCUGACAUGAGCGUGAAACCUCGUGAACUCUCUGAGUUAUAUCUUGUAUAGUUGCAGACGCUGGACUUACCACGCUGCAAAGUGUCAUGCUGUAUUUAAUUAUGCUGAAACUUUUUAUAAAAGUAAUUGUAAAUCGUACCUUUUUAUAUAUAAAAAAAAAAUAAAUCAAAUGGCUUUAUUUGAACAGA